AUGUAUGAAGAAGACACCGAGGAGUAUCACAAAAUACCGGUGACGUUGGUCACCGGGUUCCUAGGGAGCGGAAAGACAACAUUCAUACAAAGGAUGUUAAAAGAACAACAUGGACUACGUAUAGCAGUACUGCAGAAUGAAUUUUCAUCAGAGAUGGGAAUAGAAAAACCAAUAUUGAAUGCUGGUGGCGCAUCAGUAUUUGAGUUGCCCAAUGGAUGUUUAUGUUGUAGCCUGAAGGACGGGAUUGUGGAUGCGGUAGAAUCAAUUCUACAGUUUAGGUGUCAAUUCGAUUGGCUAGUAGUUGAAGCAGCAGGAAAUGUAGAUCCAUUAGAGUUGGCAUCAAACUUCUGGCUAGACCCGGAGAGCCCAUUAGUACUAGACGGGGUACUGUCUGUGACAUGCCCGUCGGUGAUACAAACGGUUCUACGCAACAGUGUAGACACACCGUGCCAAAAUAGCCAUUACGAUGGUAAAGCAAAUCAUGAUAUUACUUCUGAGGUGGUUGAAAAAUGCCCAACUCAAGUUAAACAUGAUGAAAUAAAUCGCAAUACAAUGUCACAUAAAACGGCCGACCAGAGAUAUAAACUACUUGGAAAAGACAUUAUCGACGAUCACGACAUGGUAAAAUUGAUGGAAAAACAACUUAGUGUGGCAGAUGUCAUAAUACUAAACAAGGUUGACCAGAUUAAUAGCCAAAAUUAUAGUGACGAUAUACGAGCUGACGGGGAUCUGCCAUCCUUGUCGGCAAAAAAUGGUAUGGAACAGAUUUCCUCAAUUUUUGAAAAUUUCAAGUCACUACUACAGGAAAUGAACCCUACAGCAAAAGUACUCAAAACGAGCUUCUGUAACGUCGAUUUCAAUCAUGUAAUGAACCUUAAAAUGUUCGAUGCGGCACGCAUCAUGACGUUCAAAUAUGAGAACCAUAAAGAACAUUCACACGACCAUGACCACGAUUCCUCACAAUCUAAUGUCUUCAUAAAGACAGCAGGGGUCUAUUCAUUGCAAAAAGUUAACGAUUUCGUAUCGCAUUUAUUGUGGGAGUCCGGAACCACGGUAUAUAGGUGCAAAGGCAUCUUUCGUGCGGUUAAGGAUUGCCCUAUGAUCACUGAUGCCGACGGGAAGGUGGCAAUCUUCCAGCUACAAGGGGUAGGGAUGAUCUUCGAGGUAUCGGAGACAGAGGUACUGGAACUAGAGGAGAAUCGCUUUCUCUUCAUAGGUCAAGAUAUCGACCGGGAUACCGUCAAAAAUGGGCUAGAGAUACCCGUUGUAGAUACGUUAUAA